GCCACAGGCAGCCCGAGCCCCUCCGACUCAGCGACUCGACCACACCAAGCCGAGAAGCCAGGCCACGAGCCCCCCGACCCGGGGCUCCGGCUGGGCGCGCGCGUGCGCGGCGGAUUGGGCUCCGCUCGCCACCCCCCGACCCCACGCGCCCCUCCCCGCGAGGGCUCGCCCCCUCCUCCACCCCUCCCCGCGAUCCCCUUCUCCGCCGCUCGUCGCCCGGCGCCGCCGCACCCGCGCCUACACUGGGCGCCUCUCUCCUUCGCCCCCUUCGGAGCUGGUGUAAUUUACCUACCAACUGCUAACUAAAGGUGGUGAAGUAUACUUUUCCUAAUUAUACUCCCUCGGAUGACACGUCUGCCGGUCUGCAUCAUUUAUGGCCCAGAAUUCGUCCCGUCUUCACCGUCUCCUCACAUUACUGGACACUGGUUCGACACAAGCGACAAGGUUUGCGGCUGCACGCCAAAUUGGAGAAAUUGCCAAGUCCCAUCCCCAGGAGCUAAAUGCAUUGCUUAAAAAGGUUUCUCAGUACAUUCGUAGUAAAAAUUGGGACACGAGGGUUGCAGCAGCUCAUGCGAUUGGUGCGAUAGCAGAGAAUGUCAAACACACAUCAUUAAAGGACCUAUGUACUUCUGUGGAAGCAGAAAAACAUGCUUCUGGGUUGUCUGAUGGAAGUGAUGAUGCUGGUUCAUUGCCACGCGCUGAUCCUGCAGCAACAUCUGAUCUUGCUUUUGGAAGAUUCGACAUAAAUAGGGUAUUGGAAUUUGGAUCUCCUUUAUUGGCAUCGGGUGGACAGGAAUACGACAUUGCAAAUGACAAUGGCAAGAAUCCAGCAGAGCGCCUUGCUCGCCAAAAGAAAAAUCUUCGGCGCCGUUUAGGACUGGAUGUAUGUGAGCAGUUUAUGGAUGUUAAUGAUGUUAUCAAAGACGAGGAUCUUCUUGCCCAAAAAAAUUAUUGGGGUUCACAUGUACAGAAUAAUGGAUUUAAUUCAUUCAAUACUGGUCGUAAUAUCCAGCAAUUGGUUUCCACCAUGGUUCCUAGGUAUCACAAGCAGCCUAACUUUCGCUCUAGGCGAUUAAGUGCCAGGGAGCUCAAUAUGCUGAAGCGUAAAGCGAAGAGUAACGCAAAAGAUCAUACAAAGACUGUAUCUGAGGGGGAUGAGGUUACACUAAAAAGUCCUGCACCAUCCAAUGGAGCUACUUCUGACCAAAGCGGUGCACAGAAUGAUGCAUUGGAUAUAACUACGGAUGAAGACAAUCUGGAGUACAGUGAAAAUGGGAGAUGGCCUUUUCAACAAUUUGUGGAUCAGCUUAUUCAUGAUAUGUUUGACCCUAUUUGGGAAGUUCGCCAUGGCACAAUUAUGGCUUUAAGGGAAAUUUUGACACAUCAAGGUGCUUGUGCUGGAGUAUAUUUUCCUGAUCUGAGCUUGCCUUCUGCUAUUUUGGAUGGUAAAACCAACUUUGAGUCCCUUAAAAGGGCGCAUGGUAUUGAUCUAAACGAUGAUGUUCAUGUGGAACACCUCGAGCCAGCGUUGAAGAGGCAUAAGAAAGAGCAAAAUCCUUCUGAAUCUAUGUAUAUGGACUAUGAUAAGGAGAUGGUUAACGGCGGUCAUUCAAAAACAGAGGCAGAUCUGAGCAAUGUGCCUACUGUAUCAACUGGUGAAUUAAGUUCUGCUCAUGUAAAAGUCGAGCCUGAGUUCUGUGUUGGUGAUUCAACUGACCCCGCUAAAGGGGAUUCAUCAUGUAAACCAGUACAUGAAAAACUCAACUCCACAUCAAAUCCAAUUUCUCAUGUGCAUGCUCCUGAAAAUUCAAAAUUCAUGAAACUGAUGAAAUUAACCAAAUAUUCUUAUAUGAAGAAUUGGGAAUUUCUUCAGGAUUGUGCAAUUCGCUUCCUUUGUGUACUUUCACUGGAUCGCUUUGGUGAUUAUGUAUCAGAUCAAGUGGUUGCCCCAGUUCGCGAAACCUGUGCUCAAGCUCUUGGUGCUGUGCUGAAGUACAUGCACCCUUCUUUAGUAUGUCAUACACUGAAUAUCUUGCUGCAAAUGCAGCGCAGACAAGAGUGGGAAGUUCGUCAUGGGAGCCUCCUUGGCAUUAAAUACUUGGUCGCUGUUCGGCAGGAAAUGCUUAAAGAUUUGCUUGACUAUGUCAUUCAUGCUUGUAAAGCUGGUCUGGAGGAUCCUGAUGAUGAUGUCCGAGCAGUGGCUGCAGAAGCCCUGAUCCCAGCUGCUGACUCUUUAGUUAGGCUGAAUGAUAAAAUGCUGCAUUCAAUCGUGAUGUUGCUUUGGGAUAUAUUGCUUGACCUUGAUGAUCUAAGCCCAUCUACGAGCAGUGUAAUGAACUUGUUAGCAGAAAUAUAUUCGCAGCCAGAGAUGGUCCCAAAGAUGCUUGGCACAGCAACUUCAGGGGAAAGGGGAGAAUUUGAUCUAAACAAAUUAACUCAGACUGCUGAGCAAGAAGAGAGAUUGCCAUCUAGUGAGAACCCUUACGGUCUAGCCACACUGACACCCCGGCUGUGGCCCUUUAUGAGACAUAGUAUUACUUCAGUUCGGCGUUCUGCCAUACGCACACUGGAGAAGCUUCUUGAAGUUGGGAACAGUAGGAGUUUAUCUGGAACUGUCCCGUCUAAAUUCUGGCCAACAUCAAUAUUAGGUGAUGCACUGCAGGUUGUCUUCCAGAACCUACUUUUGGAGUCAAAUGAUGAGAUUCUUCAGUCCUCUGAAAGGGCUUGGAAACUUCUACUUCAGUGCCCUGAGAAGGACCUUGAAUCUGCUGCGAAGCUAUAUUUUAGUAAUUGGGUACAACUUGCUACCACUCCAUUUGGCUCAGCAUUGGAUUCAACAAAAAUGUUUUUACCAGUUGCCCUUCCCCGAGGAAGUCGUUCAAGAGCUGCUGCAAAGAUCAGAUCUGCUAAGCUAGAGCAUGAGUGCACAAGAAUGAUCUCGUUUGGUUCUACAGGGGAAAGUACUUCUCAUGAAAAACAUUUUGAUGUUCCCUCAAGUGUUUCUAAGAUAAUUGUUGGUGCUGAUUCUGACAAAUCUGUUACUCAUACACGAGUUCUUACAUCAAUGGCACUUGGGCUUUUUGCAUCUAAGUUGCCUGUAGGCUCAUGGCAAGUUGUUCUAAGUCCACUAGCAAAUGAUCUCAUGUCUCUUUCAGGAGUUCAGAGACAGGUGGCUUCAAUGGUUAUCGUUUCUUGGUUUAAGGAUCUGAGAGGUAGGGAUCCUGUAUCAGUGGGUACAUUACUAGCUUUCCUAUCUUCCGUGAAAGAGUGGCUACUGGACUUGUUGACCUGCUCUGAUCCAGCAUUACCUACAAAAGAUUCUGUGCUUCCAUAUUCUGAACUUUCAAGGACAUACACGAAGAUGCGCAAUGAAGCCAAUAAUUUGCUUCACUCAAUUGAUUCUUGUCCUGUUUUCAAAGAUUAUAUUAGUGGCUUAAACCUUAAUGUUGAUGUGCUGGGUGUUGAUGAUGCUAUCAACUUUGCAUCAAAGCUUUUGUUACCAUCCGAAUCUGAUCUUCUUUCAGAAAGUGAAAGAAUUGUCCUGAAUAACAUAGAAUCAGCAAAACAAGGUCUAUUGUCUACAUCAGGCUACUUGAAAUGUGUUCAGAAUAAUUUGCAUGUGACGGUUUGUUCUUUAGUGGCUUCUGCUGUAGUCUGGAUGUCAGGUUUGCCUAGUAAGUUGAACCCUGUCAUUUUACCUUUAAUGGCUGCGAUAAAAAGAGAACAGGAAGAAGUACUUCAAGAUAAAGCUGCUGAUGCACUUGCUGAGCUCAUUUGUAGCUGUGUUGGCCGCAAGCCUGGCCCCAAUGACAAGCUAACCAAGAAUCUCUGCACAUUGACAUGCACUGAUGCUAGUGAGACACCUCAAGCUGCAAUAAUUAACUCAAUGCAGGUUGUUGAGGACCAGAAUUUACUGUCAAUUGGAAAGCGUUUUAGCAGUCAUAGAUCCAGGGGUCAUACGGCUUCUGUUAGUGAAGAAAGGUCAAAAAUGGAGGGCUUUAUUAGCCGACGUGGAUCAGAGUUAGCUUUCAAGCAUCUCUGCGAGAAAUUUGGACCGUCAUUAUUUGAAAAACUUCCCAAAUUAUGGGAUUGCCUUACUGAGUUUCUUAAACCUGUAAAAACCGAAGAUUGUCCAAAAGAUGAUACGAGUAUUGCACAGCUAGGCAGAUCAUAUGAGGAUAAGGAUCCACAGUCGCUCAUAAAUAAUAUCCAGGUUGUUCGCUCAAUUACGCCUCACUUGGCUGAGCCCUUAAGGCCUCAACUGCUAAGUCUCCUUCCCUGUAUUCUUGGGUGUGUUCGUCAUGCUCAUGUGGCUGUUAGACUAGCUGCUGCAAGGUGCAUCACAUCAAUGGCAAAGUCAUUGGCUGAUGAUGUGAUGGUUCUGGUGAUAGAGAAUGUCAUUCCAAUGUUGUCUGAUUUAUCUUCUGUUUGUGCAAGACAAGGGGCUGGGAUGCUUUUGAGCCUUCUUGUUCAGGGUUUGGCUGUGGAGUUGGUUCCUUAUGCUCCGUUCCUUGUUGUUCCACUUCUGAAGUGUAUGAGCGACCCAGAUGGUUCUGUUAGGCAGACUGUGACUCACAGUUUUGCUGCUCUUGUUCCUUUGCUGCCAUUAUCAAAGGGCGCUUCAUUACCAGGUGGACUAAGUGAACGCUUAUCUAGCAGUGCUGAAGAUGUGCAGUUUCUGGAACAGCUCCUUGACAACUCCCAAAUUGAUGAUUUCAAGCUCAACAUUGAUCUUAGUGUUGAAUUGCGAAGGUAUCAGCAAGAAGGGAUCAACUGGCUCGCAUUCCUUAGACGAUUUAAGUUACAUGGAAUUUUGUGUGAUGAUAUGGGGCUCGGUAAGACACUCCAAGCAUCUGCUAUGGUAGCAAGUGACAUUGCCGAAUCGCGUGCACGGAAUGAUGAGAAAGAUCCGACAUCUUUGAUAAUAUGCCCUUCUACAUUAGUGGCCCACUGGGAAUAUGAAAUAGAGAAGUACAUAGACGGCUCUAUCAUGAAACCUCUUCAGUACGUUGGUUCUUCACAGGACAGAGUCACACUCCGUAGUCAAUUUGAUAAGUUUAACGUUAUCAUAACAUCUUAUGAUAUUAUACGUAAGGAUAUUGAUUUUCUUGGGAAUAUCCCUUGGAACUACUGUGUUCUGGACGAAGGGCACAUAAUCAAAAACUCAAGAUCUAAAAUCACAUCUGCUGUGAAACAGCUGAAAGCACAACACCGCCUUAUCUUGAGUGGCACUCCUAUCCAGAAUAACGUGUUGGAGCUAUGGUCUUUAUUUGACUUCCUUAUGCCUGGGUUUCUUGGUACAGAAAAACAAUUCCAAGCUACAUAUGGAAAACCAUUACUAGCAGCCAAAGAUUCUAAAUGUUCAGCAAAGGAUGCUGAAGCUGGUAUUCUUGCAAUGGAAGCGCUGCAUAAGCAGGUCAUGCCAUUUCUACUGAGAAGAACAAAGGAUGAAGUUUUGUCUGAUCUUCCAGAGAAGAUUAUCCAGGAUAGAUAUUGCGAUCUCAGUCUGUUGCAGCUCAAACUUUAUGACAAAUUCUCCAGCUCCAAUGCAAAAGAAGAGAUUUCAACUAUAGUGAAAGCAAAUGAAUCGGAGGAAUCUGCACCUCAGCCAAAGGCAACUCGUCAUGUGUUUCAGGCAUUGCAGUACCUAUUAAAACUCUGCAGCCAUCCUUUACUUGUAACUGGAGAGAACCCUCCUGAUCAUCUUGUUGAUCUUCUGAAAGAAAUAGGUGUGGGGUCCGGCGGUGAGCUUCAUGAGCUCCACCACUCACCUAAGCUUGUUGCUCUUCAAGAAAUACUUCAGGAGUGCGGUAUAGGAUCAGAAAUAUCAAGUCCUGAUGCUUCGACGGCUAUUGGGCAACACAGAAUUUUGAUUUUUGCUCAGCAUAAGGCUUUUCUUGACAUUAUUGAGAAGGACCUGUUUCAAUCUCAUAUGAGAAGUGUGACAUAUUUACGGCUGGAUGGCUCUGUUGAAGCAGAGAAGAGAUUUGAAAUUGUUAAAGCAUUCAAUUCAGAUCCAACCAUUGAUGUACUUCUGUUAACAACCCAUGUUGGCGGGCUUGGCUUGAAUUUGACAUCUGCUGACACAUUGGUCUUCAUGGAACAUGAUUGGAACCCAAUGAAGGAUCUUCAGGCGAUGGACAGAGCACACCGUUUGGGUCAAAGGAAAGUGGUGAAUGUUCACCGUCUCAUCAUGCGUGGUACCCUUGAGGAGAAGGUGAUGAGUCUCCAGAGGUUCAAGGUGUCAGUUGCCAAUGCUGUCAUCAAUGCUGAGAACUCCAGCUUGAAGACCAUGAACACUGACCAACUGCUUGAUCUGUUCACAUCUACCCCUGCUUCGAGAAAAGCGUCGGUCCUUCCACAGGGCUUGAGUGAUGACCAGAAUAAAGAUUCAAAGAAGAAAUCUGGUGGCAAAGGCUUGAAGUCCAUUAUUAAUGGAUUGGAUGAGCUUUGGGAUCAGUCACAGUAUGCUGACGAGUAUGAUCUGAACCAGUUCCUUGCGAAGCUCAAUGGCUGAACAUAGAGGAUCACUGGCCCGUGUACAGUGUAAAGUAAAUUGGGACGUGCGAUCUAGGUGGAUCGCUAAUUUUGUUGCCAACCUCGGGAAUUUUUUGUUGUUUGAUAGGGUAAGGAAAAGAGAAGAUCGCAAGAUCAAAUGCGACAUGGCUAACAUAUAGGUGAUUGAGGUUACGACCUCAGUUUUUGUUCGUCUUUUGUUAGGAUGCGGCUUAGGUCUGGUCGUCAGAGGCUGUAAAGUUUUUGAGUUGUACAUACUGUCUGCUUACCUAUUAAUCAAAGCUGCAGCUUCUUGCAAAUUCCCUUGGUUA